UGGCCGCGGCUGUGUAAAUUUGCGUCUAUUCGACAUUUGCCAACGAUCGAAAUUAUUUAUUGUUUCAGCGUUAGUGUAAUCAUGUCGUUUUCAGAUUUAUACGCUAAAUAUAAUUGUACAUAUUGCCAAGAAGAAAUAAAUGGGAUUCGCGUGAGAUGUGCCGAGUGUAUUGACUUUGAUAUUUGUUUGCAGUGUUUUUCGUUGGGUGCUGAAAUAGGAUCACAUAAAAAUGACCAUUCCUAUCAGUAUAUGGACUCAGGAGCGUUUGGAAUAUUUUUGGGGCGUAGUAAUUGGUCUGCUAACGAAGAAGUAAGAUUAUUGGAUGCUAUAGAACAAUUUGGUUUCGGUAAUUGGGAAGAUAUAGCUAAACACAUUGAAACACGGACACCAGAAGAGGCAAAAGAUGAAUAUAUCACAAGAUACCUGGAAGGCAGUAUUGGACGAGCAACUUGGGGCAAUGUUGAGAGCACAUCCCGACCAUCUUUGCACUGCGCUGAUAAAGACGAUGGCCCUCUUGGACCAAACGCAGUGUCCAGACUACCUCACCUUGCUGUCACAUCAGACGAGGCGGCACAACUUGGAUAUAUGCCCAACAGAGAUGAUUUUGAACGGGAACAUGAUCAUGAGGCAGAGCAGUUAGUAUCUACACUUUCUCUUAACUCUGAAGAUGAUGAGUUAGAUGUUGCAUUAAAAUUAUCCCAAGUAGACAUUUACAUUCGCCGAUUACGGGAGAGGACAAGAAGAAAAAGACUUGUACGAGACUUCCAACUUGUUUCUGUAUUUUUCAAUAAUCAAAGAAACAAACAAAAGACACUUGGUAAACUCGCCAAAGAGAAAAAGGAAUUCACCGAGCGCCUCCGCUGGUCGGCCCAAUUCUACGGGCGGUCCGAGCAAGCCGCGGUCGUAGGCGGGCUAUGGCGGGAACGCGAAUUGCGCGUGCGCCUAGCUGAACUGCACCGUUACCGGCUGGCGGGCGUCACGCGGCUAGAGGAGUGCGCACACUAUGAGCAACACGCGGCCCACAGGAAGCAUCCGCAUGCCCCGGCGCAACUGCACGUGAGAACCCCAUACAGGCCCGCGCAGUGGGUGCCUGGACAGCAUCCAAGCAAAAGAACAGAACAGCACGACGCAGCAGCAAAGAAAAAGAGAAGGCGAAAGCGGCUCAAGUUCCACCAGCCCAAGGUGCACACGGGACGCAAGUACCGCAUGUGGAUGCUCCAGAAAGAGCUCAUGCAGCGGCGCGUGCUCGAGGCAUCUGCUGACCAGUAACGAGGCGCAG